GUUACAUAAUCAGAUAUUUUUAAAAUUUUCACACCUGCAAAGCUUAAAUAGUGCAGAGGUAGACUAUGCGGCGAAAAGACGCCAAAUUAUUUCCAAAUUUUAUAAAAUAAAAAAUAAAGUGUUUAUUAACAUUUUUCUACAAAAAAUCAUGUUUUGGAUUUUAUUCUCUCUUGUUCUUCUGGUUUCCAGUAUCUCUACAGACGGGCAUCAUUUCGGCUAUAGUAAAAAAAAUCAGCAUUUAUGGAUGAAAGAUCAUAAAACGUGUGCCGGAAAAUUACAAUCACCAAUUGCUUUAUCAACAACUCAAUCACUUCCAUUACCAUUGCCAGCUUUGGAAAUGAUUGGCUAUCAUGACUUUUUAAAAAAUCCUAUAAAAUUAGAAAAUAAUGGACACUCGGUGACGCUAACUCCUAGCAUUGAUUCAAUAAAUAAUACAAAUUCCGAAAAUCCUUAUAUUUUUGGAGGAAUGCUGAAUCAUGGAAAAAAUUAUGAAUUUCAAGCACUUCAUUUUCAUUGGGGCAGAAAAAAUAACAGAGGAUCUGAACAUUUAUUAAAUGGUGUGCGAUAUCCCAUGGAAAUGCAUUUAAUUCACAGAAAUAAAAUUUAUCAAAAUAUGGAAAUUGCUUUAAACAAUUCGGAUGGACUUUCAGUGAUUGGAGUCUUUUUUCAAUUGCAGGAAGAAGCUAAUCCACGACUUGUUCCAAUUUUAAAAGUUUUACCAGAUCUUCGUUGGAAUAAUAGUCAAGUUUCUGUAAAUUCAUUUUUAACUUUAUCCUCAUUGAUGCCAUCAAAUAUAGAAAUAUUUUACACUUAUAAGGGAUCAUUAACAACUCCACCAUGUAACGAGGCAGUGACUUGGAUCAUUUUCCCCACUGCUGUACCAAUAUCACUCCGACAACUAAAUAAAUUCAGACUCCUUUCAAGUGGCGAAGGAUCAUUAGCAGACAAUUAUCGUCACGUUCAAGACGUCGGACGUAGAAAAGUUUACGUAAGAAGAAUUGAUUUAGCAGUUUCAAAUAAAACUAAAAUACAACACUUAAAUAUGACAAAUUUAUCCUGGUACUGGGAGUAAGAAAUAAUAAUUGUUCAAACACUUUCAAACUGAUACUGUGAUAUUAAACUUAUUCAAAUCUAUAAUAUAUAUUUUACAAUAUAUUUUAUUAAAUGUUACUUAUUUCUUCAUUUAUAUAUUAAACAAAUGUAAAAAAUAAUAAAAUAUCAUAAACAAUAUUUUUAUCAAAAACUGUCAUUGUAAAUUAAUUCAAAAAUUGUAUUCAUUUUUUUACAAUGUAAAUUCAAUUGUUUAUAAACAUCUUGACGUAUAAUCAGCAAAAAAAUUUUCUUUAAAUUAACAAAAGUACUUUUUUUAUACUUUGGUACUUAAAAGUACGUACUCUUAGCACGAAUUUGUAAUAUAUAACUUAUUUUAAAUUAACUUACUUUGAUAUUGUGCCAUCGUUAGAUUUUUUUUUUGGUAACUUCGGAAGAAAUAAUUGCUGUAUUAGAAAAAGCCAUACAUACUUGAUUUUUUUUU